AUGGAUGAAUGUCCAGGAUAUACGGAAACUGGAAAAGGAGUAGUCACACAUGGAAACGAGAUCGAAAAUGACAAUAAGCGUGCCAUAAAGAAGUUUUUCCAUCGGCUGAAAGAGACUGCUGGUAUUGCUGAGCGUACGAAGUUUUCGAAAAAACUCAGCGACGCCAUGGAACACAUGGAUCGCUAUAAGUUAUGUCUUGAUCAAGUAAGCGAUGCUCUAUACAAAGCCACACAAGAGAACGGCCGUUUCCGCGUUACGAAUUACAAAGAACAAAUAGCUUUGUAUCAAAGGCAAGCGACAGAACACCGUGACUACCUACAGAGAGCACGACGCGCAUUACACAACAUUCGCAGUUUCGUGCAACACGAAUACUGGGUGAUUGCACUUCAGCGUACUGAGUUGGACAGUUUACGAAGGGAAAUGGAUUUCGCAAAAGCUGAUCUCGGAGCGACAAAAGAGCCGAAACUCAUAGAAUCAAAGACCAAAGCUUACAACAAGGCUGCUGCUGAUUUUGAAAAAAAACUUACUGAAGUAACGUCACUAAUGGAUGGAUUUCCGAAAAUUAAGAUACUACAUGUAGCUGAUAUUCUCGACUGGGCCAAAUGCACACAACAAUACCAUGAAGGGAUGGCCAAACUCCUCGACAAAAACAUCAAGAAAGUGACCUAG